AGUACAUUUUCAAAAAUUACACGAAGGAAGGUCGACUGGAUUCAUCAAAUAGUGGAACGUAGCCUGUAACUGUCGGAUAUUCCAUUUUUUUGACCAUGGCAUUGAAGGAAUUUCCUCAACCAAAAGGACAUUUGUGUUUGAGAUUACAAUGGCAACUACUGGCUUUUCUUGGUUUCAGUCACAUUGUUUGUGGUCAAAUUCGAUAUUCUGUUCCGGAGGAGAUGAAAAAAGGAUCUGUAAUAGGUAACGUAGCUCAAGAUCUAGGGAUAGAUUUGAAAAGGCUCCGAGCGGGUCGGGCCCGGAUCGUUACGGGAGAAAACAUUCAGUACACGGAGCUGAAGACAGACAAAGGGAUUCUCGUCGUGGGUGAGAGAAUAGAUCGAGAGCAGCUUUGUGGCGACGUCACACCGUGCAGCUUUAGUUUCGAAAUAAUAUUAGAAAAUCCAAUGGAGCUUCAUCGUGUAACUAUUGAAAUUUUAGAUGUAAAUGACCACGCACCUGCUUUUCCAAACAAAGAUGUAUAUUUUGAAAUUGGUGAAACUGCCUUAAUAGGAGCUCGAUUUCCCCUAGAGAGUGCAGAGGAUCCGGACGUGGGUCUUAACGCUUUACAAAACUACAUAUUAACUGCAAGCGAUAAUUUCAUCCUCAAACAACAUGCUAACCCCGAUGGCAGCACAUUUGCUGAAAUGGUCCUCCAAAAAGCUUUAGACAGAGAGGAGCAUCCCCGUCUGUCUUUAAAGCUGAUCGCUGUAGAUGGAGGAAAUCCCCAGAAAUCUGGUACAGUAAACAUAGAUAUCACUGUACUAGAUGCUAAUGAUAAUGCUCCUGUAUUCAACCAGUCAGUAUACAGAGCUGCUGUGAUAGAAAACGCCCCGAAAGGCUCCUAUAUUGCAACGAUUAACGCAACUGAUGCAGACAGUAGUUCAUAUGGACACAUAACGUACAGCUUCUCUAAAUUAAAAGGAGCUAUUGCAGAUCUGUUUAUACUGGAUGAAUUAACUGGAAUUGUAUCGGUUGCAGGAAAUAUAGAUUAUGAGAAAGAUAAGAAAUAUGAAGUUAGAGUUGAGGCGAAGGACCAGGGUGGCUUUACAGACACCAGUAAAGUAAUCAUUGAGAUUGUUGACAUAAAUGAUAACGCACCUGUAAUAAACGUCAUGUCCUUCUCCAGCCCCGUGUCAGAAGAUGCUCCUCCGGGUACCACCAUUGCCAUCAUUAAUGUCAAAGAUGCUGAUUCUGAGAAAAACGGGCGGAUUAUUUGCUCCGUUGAUUCUAAACUCCCGUUUAAAAUAACAUCGUCAUUAUCCAACUAUUAUAAUUUGAUAUCAGAUGUACCAUUUGAUCGGGAAUUGACUGAGGAAUACAAUAUUACAAUAUCAGCAACUGAUUCAGGAACACCUCCUCUUUUUAGCACCAGAACAUUACUCCUUAGAAUAUCUGACAUCAAUGACAAUGCUCCAGUAUUCGAAAAAAGCGUUUAUUAUGCCUACGUCACAGAGAAUAACUCUCCAGGCAUGUCCAUAUUUACAGUCAGUGCUCAUGAUUUUGACUGGAAUCAAAACGCGAGAAUAGCCUACCUCCUAGAAGAAAAACAGAUAAGUGGAACUCUAAUCUCCAGCCUUUUAUCCAUCAAUUCGGCAACAGGAGUGUUGCACGCGCUGCGCUCAUUUGAUUAUGAACAAAUUAAACUACUGAAAGUAAUUCUAAAGGCACAGGACGGAGGCUCUCCCCCACUCAGUAGCAACGUGACUGUAAAUAUUUUCAUCCAAGAUCAGAACGACAACACACCUCAGGUUCUGUACCCAGUCCAGACUGGCGGAUCUCUGGUGGCUGAAAUGGUGCCUCGUUCAGCAGACGUGGGCUAUCUGGUCACUAAAGUGGUGGCUGUUGAUGUGGACUCUGGACAGAAUGCCUGGCUCUCCUAUAAACUGCAGAAAGCCACAGACAGGGCACUGUUUGAAGUGGGCUUACAGAAUGGAGAAAUAAGAACUGUUCGCCAAGUGACUGAUAAAGAUGCAGUGAAACAAAGGCUGACUGUUAUAGUGGAGGACAACGGGCAGCCCUCUCGUUCAGCUACAGUCAAUGUUAACGUGGCGGUGGCGGACAGCUUCCCUGAAGUGCUCUCAGAGUUCACUGACUUUACGCACGACAAGGAGUACAAUGACAACCUGACUUUUUACUUAGUUUUGGCUUUGGCUGUCGUUUCAUUUUUGUUCAUCACGUGUUUGGUGGUUAUUAUAUCAGUGAAAAUAUACAGAUGGAGACAGUCUCGUAUCCUCUAUCAUUCCGAUCUCCCAGUGAUCCCUUACUAUCCACCGCGUUACGCAGAUACUUUGGGGACUGGAACUCUGCAGCACGUGUACAAUUACGAGGUGUGCAGGACGACUGACUCCAGAAAGAGUGACUGUAAGUUCGCCAGACCCGGUAGUCAGAACGUCCUGAUAAUGGACCCCAACUUGACAGGAACCAUGCAUCGGAUACAGAGUGAAAAGAGCAUUUUAGACGAACAAGAUUCUCCGUUAGAGGUGAGUUUUCUGAAUAGGCUUAGUUGGCUUAAUGCAUUUAUUCACUAA